CGGCAAUUACUGUGAUCCGAUCGAAUAUCGUCGGGAAUAGACCCCCUCCACAACCACCGCUUAUGUUUUGUUUGUUAUAUAAAAAGAGUGCACUAUCAUACCGAUACCAGUCAAGACAUUUGAGUCUAAAGCAAAAUGUUCUCCAAAGUAGUGAUCGCUUGUGCCUUGGUAGCGGUGUGCCAGGCUGGUUACAUCCACCACGCGCCCGCUGUGUCCUCACAGAGCAUCGUCCGCCACGACCAGACCGUGCACCAUGAGGCUCCAGUACAUUACUCUGCUCCCGUAGUGCACGCCGCACCCAUCGCUCACGCUGCUCCCAUCGUCCACGCCGCUCCCGUCGUCCACGCGGCUCCCGCUGUCCACGCCGUCCACGCCGCUCCUUCCCACGAAGACCACUACGUCGAUGAAUACGCUCAUCCCAAAUACGGCUACUCCUACUCCGUUGAGGACCCUCACACCGGUGACCACAAGUCCCAGCACGAGACUCGUGAUGGUGACGUAGUUAAGGGAGAAUACUCUCUGCUGCAGCCUGAUGGUUCUUUCCGUAAGGUGACCUACACCGCUGACCACCACAAUGGAUUCAACGCCAUCGUCCACAACACAGCGCCCGUGAUCCACCACCAUAUCGUGGUGUUCAGCGGUUUGCUGGCUUUCUGCCAAGCCGGUUUGAUUGAAGAACAUGGACAUGGGCAGGCGGUUUCUAGUCAAAGUAUAGUUCGUCAUGAUGAGCCCAGUCUUCAACAGCAGCAACAGCAUUAUACUCCUGUAGUGGCUCAGCACUCGGCCCCAGUUCUGCGUCGUGCAGUUCCUGUGCUCGAGCAGACAGCGUACCUUCAGCAUGGCGCCCCAAUUGUCCACGCUACUCCUUUAGUUCAACACGUGGCUCCUGCGGCUAUCCAUCACGCUCCCGUAGUGCAGCAUAUCUCUCCCGUCGCCAUUGGACACGGCGAACAAGUCGAACAUCAUGCUCCUGCUAAGUACGAAUUCUCGUACUCCGUGGAAGACCCUCAAACCGGUGACCACAAGUCCCAGCACGAGUCUCGUGAUGGUGACGUAGUUAAGGGAGAGUACUCCUUACUGCAGCCUGACGGUUCCAUCCGUAAGGUCGAAUACACUGCUGAUGAUCACAACGGGUUCAAUGCUGUCGUGCACAACUCGGAGCCAUCAGUGCAUGCAGCGCCGCCGAGCCCCACUCCAGUGGUUCAUGCUGCUCCCGUAGUUCACGCUGCCCCCGUGGUUCACGCCACGCCUGUCGUUCACGCCGCCCCUGUGGUUCACGCGGCACCCCUCGUUCACGCCGCUCCUCUAGUUCACGCGGCUCCUGCCCACUACGUCACUGCCCACCACUAAACUCUAUAUUAAAUACUCGCUAAAAUGUACUAAUCUCUAAUUUAAGCAGUUUCUUUAAAUACAUUGUUAUUAAUUUUAUACAUAUGAA